CAUGUUUUUUGUUGGGAAAAAAUGGCGGCGAUUGUAAUCUAAGGGAUAUCCUCACGUUUACCUAACGUCUACCUAACGUUUAUUACGGAGGAGGAGCUGCACGCUGGGUGUUCUAUCGGAACGAGAUCUCGUGCAGGGCUUCACCAAUAAGGGUACAUCAGCUGGAGCAGUAUCGGGGAAACGUUUGUCAGCUGGAGCAGUAUCAGGGUAACGUUUGUCAGAGCGUAAAUGUUGUUGCUGUAACCCACUGUGAAACACAACAGUUGAGUUGACGUGAGCUCCAUGUUCUUCAACAUCAGCGCGCCAUUAUGCGUGGAUGCACAGAGCCCCACAGCGUCUGACGGCUGUUCAGCCGUGUUGUGAGUUCACAAUCACUAGACUAUCAUCUUCGCCAUUCAACUUCACAAACUGGUCUUCGUUUCGUAUUGGAAAUGUCCUCUCUGACCAAAGUUGCCCUAAAAUCCUCCAAGGCAGAGGAGGGUCGUCCGCGACAUAGCACUCGCCUGCGCACAGGUUCCCGGAGACGUUACCAUGACGACGGCAUCUCAGACGAGGAGAUUGAUGGACGCAGGAUGUUUGACCUGGAGGACAAAGUGCACAGCGAGCGGUUCAGCUCGGACAGGGUGGUACGGAUGGAGGGCAAGGAUCUGACAUAUGAGUACAUUCAAAGAGGAGGUCUGAGGGAUCCCAUCAUCUUCGAGAAGCCAGAUGGAUUAGGAAUCAAAAUGCCAGAUCCUGACUUCAGUGUGAACGACGUUAAGAUCUUUGUAGGGAGCAGACGCAUGGUGGACGUGAUGGACGUGAGCACGCAGAAAGGCACGGAGAUGUCCAUGGCGCAGUGGAGGCGCUACUACGAGACGCCGCACGCACAGCGGGACAAGCUGUACAACGUCAUCUCCCUUGAGUUCAGCCACACCAAGCUGGAGAAUCUGGUCAAGAGACCGGCCACGGUGGAUAUGAUUGACUGGGUGGACAACAUGUGGCCCCGUCACCUGAAGGAGAGACAGAGGGACUCCACCAACUCCAUCACUGACAUGCAGUACCCCAAAGUCCAGAAGUACUGCCUGAUGAGUGUGCAGGGCUGUUACACAGACUUCCACAUUGACUUCGGAGGAACAUCAGUUUGGUACCAUAUACUGAGAGGAUGCAAGGUGUUCUGGCUGAUUCCCCCCACCCCUCAGAACCUGGAGCUCUAUGAGAACUGGGUGUUGUCAGGGAAACAGGGCGAUGUCUUCCUGGGAGACCGUGCUUCUGACUGUCAGAGGAUUGAGCUGAAGCAGGGGUACACCUUCAUCAUUCCUUCAGGCUGGAUCCAUGCCGUGUACACGCCCGUGGACACCCUGGUGUUUGGCGGCAACUUCCUCCACAGCUUUAACGUUCCAAUGCAGCUGCACAUCUCCAGCAUUGAGGACCGCACGCGGGUGCCCGCCAAGUUCCGCUACCCGUUCUACUUUGAGAUGUGCUGGUAUGCCCUGGAGCGCUACGUCUUCAGCCUCACCGGCACCUCCUACCUCACGCCUGAGUUCCAGAAGCACUCGCUGGGCAUCGGUGGGUGGCCCACAUGUAGCUUCUUAUUCUCUCCCAGUUCUGGGGAAAACCUUUCUGAUGUCACGCUCUGCUCUACAGGCCUGAAGAAGCCGUCUCCGGCAGACCCCGACAGCGGAGACGUAGACGAUAUGGGCGAGGGUGGCAGUAGUGAUGGAGAUGCAGACGGCUCCUCUUCCAAGCCACCAGUGGGCAAAGUUCACAUGGCCCCGUUCGAGCUGGAGGGGAUGUGGAACCUACUUGGCAAGCUGGAAGCCCUGCCGUCCAACAAGAAGUGUGUCCCCGCAGGCAUACACAAUGCGCCCGCCCUACUCACACACAUCAAGGCCCUUCUUAAGGAGCAUGCCAAUGACAACCCAAAACUUUCCUACACUGGCAAACCAAUCAUCACAUGGCCAAAGAGGCCUUCGUGGUACCAGCCUCCCCCUCCACCACUGCCCCCACCGCGCCCCAAGCUGGCCAACACCCCUGUGCUGCCACGUCCCCAGAAGCCUGCCUCCUCCAUGUCGGUGCUGAGACGCCGGCGCGUCAGGUGCAAGCGCUGUGAGGCCUGCAUGAGGACCGAAUGUGGCGACUGCAACUUCUGCAGAGACAUGAAGAAGUUCGGCGGGCCGGGGAAACUGAAGCAGACCUGCGUCUUGCGCCAGUGUCUCGCUCCCGGCCUCCCCCUGUCGGCGGUGUGCGAGGUGUGCCAGGAGCCAAACCAGGACGACACGGGCGAUCCCAGCCUCCUCUUGAUGGAAUGCUCCAACUGCGCAGAGAUCGUCCACCCUGCCUGCCUCACGGUACAAGGAGAUGGAGUGAUGAACAGCGAUUUACCCAGCUGUUGGGAAUGUCCAAAGUGUGUCUUGGGGAUCACGGACCAAGAGAAGCGCAAGUCCACCUCGCUGCUGGACUCCCGCAUCGCCAAGAUCUACCGCAGGCACAGGCACGGCCGCGACGGAGACGAUUCCGGCAGCGAGGAUGACCAAGUGUCUCGGAGGAGGAAGCUGGGCCUGCACCCCCGGGGGGGGGGCAGUUCCAGGAGGGGCUACCGCAGGGGCCUACUGAGGGGGGGAGCCGGCCACCGGGGCAGCAGGGCAGGGGGGCUGGCCAUGGGCGGCUCUGGGAUUAGGAUGAAGCGCGGCAUAGGACUCCGGAGGGGCCGCGGCGUCAGGCUGAGGGGGGGCUCCAGGAUGCAGAGAAGGGGGGGAGAUGACUCUGAGGAGUCGGAGGACGAUGACGACGACGACGACGACGAUGACGACGACGACGAGGAAGAAGAGGUGGACGACAGCGAGGGUGGGGGGAAGGAGGGCCAGAGGGGGAGGAGGAGGAGGCGCCUCCGCGGGACGGACGAUGACGACGAUGAGGAAGAGGAUAGUGACGGCAGGGAGUUUGACCCGGAGGAAGAGGACGAGGAGAUGGACCACUAUGUGGAUGAGGAGGAGGGGGAGGAAGGGCACUGGGACUCGGACCCAGAGCCGCCCGUCCUGCUGGUGUCUGACCUGACCGAUGACCUGCUCACUGGGUCCUACCUGACGGUCACCCUGCAGCGGCCCCAGAAGGCCAAGAGGCACUCAGGCUCCAUCGUCCCCAAGCUAGAGGCGGCCAUGGGUCCCAGGACAGCCAUCUUGGGCCCGGGGGGACACCAGAGUUUUGUCCAGCGCAAGUCGGCCCUCUCCAAACCCUCUCGGGUGAAAGGCGAGGCUGAUGGUGUCACCCUGGCCAGAGGCUCUGGCAGGCCCCGUGUCCGCGGCCUGCCCACCUCCGCCUCCUCCUCUGACGAGGACGGCCCCCGCGUGGCCGACACCGCCACCAUGUCCCCGCCCUCUACGCUGCUGUCGCUGCCCUCCUUCAAGGACGCGGGCAGCGAGCGAGGCGCCGACAAGGAGGUGUGGGUAUCGGUCUUCAGGUUCCUGAGCCGCCCCGAGCUGCUGGCAUGCAUGAGUGUCUGCAAGGCCUGGUACAAGUGGAGCUUUGACAAGCGCCUGUGGAGCCACGUGGACAUCAGCCGCAGCACCCGCCUCAGUAACCAGGCCCUGGCUGGAAUCAUCAAGAGGCUGCCCACCUCCCUGGACCUCUCUUGGACACCUGCCGCCAAGAGGCAGCUGCACUGCCUGCUCACACGCCUGCCAGGGCUCCGGGAGCUGCGUGUGGCGGGCCUGCCCUGGUUCGCCCUUUCUGCCCUUGUGUCCCCCACCCUGCCCUGCCUCAGGCUGCUGGACCUGCGCUGGUGUCAGGGCAUCAAGGACGUCCAGAUGAAGGACCUCAUCCUGCCACCUGGCCUGGGCUCAUCCCGCAGCCGCCUGAGGAACAUGUCGGCGCUGUACCUGUCGGGCCUGGAGGUGAGCGACUCCACCCUGCGGCUGCUGCAGCGCCACAUGCCCCAGCUUGAGCGGCUGGACCUGGCCCACUGCCCGGCUGUCUGCGACACCUCCAUCGCCCUGCUGGCCGCCGCCGGCACGCACACCCGCCACAACCUCACCGAUCUCUAUCUUGCCGGUUGCAACCGGCUGACGGACGGUUGCCUGCCCUACCUGAAGCGCCUCUCUGCGCUGGAGCUGCUUGACCUUCGGGGCUGUGACGGCGUGAGCCGGCGGGCGUGCGAGGCCUUCAUCUCAGACCUUUCCCACGUGGCGUUCUACUGCAUGAUGGAAGAAAAGCUCAUCCAGCGCAUCCCCUAAGGGGCGUUUCCCAGCAGGCACGGCGUCCUCCGGGCCCUCUAUUGCAGGGGAGCGGCGCCACCAAAGCCUGUUUCCAGCCUGUUUCUAGUCUCCUAGCCUGGGACCCCAAGAGGAGAAUGGCUGUGUUUGUAAAUGUUUUUUCUCUGUGAAGUUCCUGGGUUCUUUCUGCUGGGCUCUUUUCUGCCUGGCCUUCAUGUUUGCGAGUCUUUGUUACAUUUCAUUUUUAAACAUUCUAAAAAAAGAACACUAAUAAAGUGUAAAGUGAAUACGGA